AUGCGCUCCGCCAAAAACCAGGAACCGAAAGCCCAAGUGGCUAUCAAGAGAAGGUCCAGAGUCCCCGGAGUAAUGAUCACUCAGUUUCUUGAGCAGCUGCCUUUAGGAAAAUCGACACCAGACUUCACUCGAAAGCCAAUGGCCAUGACAGUUCAAGAGGGUAAAAAAGCACUGUUUAGAGCUAUGGUUAGUGGAGAUCCAGCACCAAAUGUAACAUGGGGGCGAAAUAAGGGUGAAAUUAAUGACCCAGAGAAGUACAUCAUCAGAUUUGAUGACAGGGCACAGGAGCACAUUCUUGAGAUGCUCACCGUAACACCUGAUCUAGCAGACACCUACAAAUGUGUUGCUAGCAAUGAGUAUGGAGAGGCAGUCGUCAGUGCAACUCUCAGUGUUGCUGAAGCUGGUAUGAAGAAGAAAGGCAGGACAGUCACCAGAAAAAAACAACUCCCACCAAAAAAGGAAGGGGAAAUUGAUCCAAAGCUCUGGGAACUGCUUCUCUCUGCACCAAAGAAGGACUAUGAAAAGAUCUGUUUUGACUUUGGUGUUACAGACUUUCGUUGGAUGUUGAAGAGACUCAGCCAAAUGAAAAAAGAAAGGGAAGAUGAGCAGGCAAAGGUGGCAGAAAACGUGGAAAACGUUAAACAAAUUGAAGUAAAACCUAACGGGAGAGCUGAAUUUAGCCUGGAGAUGAAACUGUGGGAUCCUAACAGUCAAAUUAACCUAUACAAGGAUGGAAAAAGUGUUCCAUAUGGAGAUGAUGAAAAUUCAAAGCAUAGCCUGAAGAAAGUUGGGAACAAGUAUGUUUUCAGCAUCAAAGAUCCUCAGCCAGAAGAUGCUGGAUUUUACCAGGUUGAUGUUGAAGAGUCAAAUAUGUUAUCAACUGACUUUCAAGUGCCUGCUGUGGAGUUCACAACAAAGAUAAAGGAUGUGAAAGCGGUUGAAAAUGAGGAUGCCAUCUUUCAGUGUGUCCUAUCAACACCACUGAACAGGAUUAACUGGUCAACAAAGGAUUCUUCGCUUGAAAAUGGGGAAAAAUAUGAGAUUACUGUCUCGGAGGACAAACUAAUUCAUACACUGAGAGUAAAAGACUGUGGAAUGGCAGACAAUGGAGCAUAUUAUGCCAUUGCUGGAAUAACUUCCAGUAGUGCAUCCCUUACAGUGGAAGCCGAUCCAAACAAAGGUAAAGGUCGUAAAGGCGACCAAACUGGGAAUCAAGAUGACCUGGCUAAAUUAGCAUUGGAACAGCAAUCCAAGCUACAAAAAGAGAAAGAGGAUUUAGAAGCAGCCCGACGAGCACAGGCUGGAAAGGGGGAUGGAAAAGAUGGUUCUGGUGAUGGGACUGGUAAAGGGUCUGGAGAUGGGUCUGCUGGGAAGACUGAUGGUGAUCAGGCUGAUGGAGAUAGCAAUAAUAAGAAGAACCUGACUGAUGGAGAUGAUCAACAUAAAGAAGGGGGAGAUGGGGCAGAUGAUAACAAAAAGAAGCGCUCACGAACUGGGCCUUUGGUUCCUGACACUGUCAUAGAUCCUGGUGUUCGGUUUGUAAGUGGGCUGUCAGAUACUAUGGCCAAUACUGGGGAACAGGCAGAGCUGUCUUGCAAACUAAGUAGUGAGACCUCUGAGGGACGCUGGUAUAAAAAUGGAAAGCUGCUCACAAAUGGAGAUGGAGUCACAAUUAUUAAAGACGGUGCCUGUCAUAAGUUGAUAAUUGAUUGUUGCAGCAAAGAUGAUGCUGCCGUGUACCGCUUUGAAGCUGAAGGCCGUAAAUCUGAAGCAACACUUGACAUUAAAGACCCACCAAAAUUUGAUGCUGAGGCACUCGCUGAAUUCACAAAGCCAGUCAUUAUAAAGGCAGGAGAAAAUGCAGAAUGGAAGCUGCCAUUCUCAGGUGGGGCACCAAUGAAUAUACAGUGGUUUAAGAAUGAUGAUGAGCUAUUGCCUGGCCUCAAUGUGAAGAUCGAGACAUCAGCUACUGAGAGCCAACUACGUCUUACCAAGUGCCAAAGGAAAGACAGUGGAGAUGUUAAAAUCAAAAUAAAGAAUGAAUUUGGCACACUGGAGGCAAUUUCCAAACUUAUUGUUCUUGACAAACCAACACCUCCUCAGGGACCUGCAGAUAUUAUGGAAAGUGCUGUAACAUCUGUUGAGUACAAAUGGAAGCCACCAAAAGAUAAUGGUGGAUGCCCAAUCACAAACUAUAUCAUAGAACGCCAACAGGUUGGGCGCAAUAAAUGGACCAACCUAGGUGAGAUCCCUGGCAGCAACCCAAGUUACAAAGACACAGAUGUGGAUCCAGGAAGGAGAUACUGCUAUCGGAUCAGAGCCAAAAACGCAGAAGGCAUCAGUGAUUACCUGCAGACAGACGACAUACCAGCUGGCGUAUUGAGAUAUCCUGGAGCACCAACAGCACCAAAAGUGGUGAGUGCCUUUAAAGACUGCAUCAAUCUGUCUUGGUGCCCUCCAUGCGACACUGGAGGAACCAAAAUAUUGGGCUACAAUUUGGAAAAGAAUAAGAAAGGCACUAAUUACUGGAGUCUUGUAAACCAAGGAGGGCCUAUCACAGAUACAAAGUAUGGAGUGAAAGAUGUCUUUGAAGGAGCUGCAUAUGAAUUUAGGGUGUCUGCUAUCAAUCUAUCUGGUGCUGGAGAGCCCAGUAUUCCAUGUGAGACGGUAAUAGCCAGAGAUCCAAUGAAACCCCCAGGCAAGGUCACAGACCUGAAGUUAACGUCUUCAGAUUAUACCACAUUUUCACUCACUUGGACUAAACCUAAAGAGGUAAAAGGGGUUGAGGAUGAAGCCCAAGGGUACUAUGUGGAGAUCAGACUAAUAGAAAGCCUUGAAUGGACUCGCUGUAAUGCCAUCCCCAUUACUCUCAUGUCUUACACUGUGCUUGGUUUGAAAGCGAUGGCCGCAUACUGGGUGAGAGUAAUUGCUACCAAUUAUGGAGGUGAUGGAGAACCGCACGGCUUUGACAAUUACCUUAUUGCUAUGCCUCCUCCUGUGAGGCCAAAGUUUAAAGAUCGUAACAUGAAGACAUUUGUGGUAGUAAAAUCUGGGAAUACUGUCCGCCUAAACAUCAGUUUUGAGGCCUCCCCACUCCCAGAAAUCUCUUGGCUAAAAGAUGGUGUCCCAGUGGGAAAACAUGUAACAAUUACAAAUUCCGACAAGGGCUCUCAACUGUUAAUCCCUACAUCUGAGCGAUCUGACACUGGCAUCUACACCAUAACUGUCAAAAACAUUGUCGGCCAGGAGAGCGUCAAUGUUGAAAUCAGAGUAACAGAUGAUCCCAAGCCUCCUGGUCCAGUGGAGCUGAGUCAGAACAUCCCAGGGACAGUGACACUUUCCUGGGCCCCCUCUCCAGAUGAAAAGAGGGAUGACAGACUACACUACAUGGUAUCAAAGCGUGACUCCUUCAAACGCACUUGGAGGACAGCGUCAGACAACCUCUUUAAUAAUAAGUUCACGGUUGUCAACAUCUUGCCCGGACGAGAGUACAACUUCAGGGUGUUUGCUAAAAAUGAUAUGGGUCUUUCUCCACCCUCUGAAUCCCCUGUAUUUAAAACCGAAAAGGAAAAAGACAAGUUCAAAAUCAAAAUGCCAGAGACAAAGUGCUUGGACUUCCAGUCACCUCCAUCAUUUAUAGUUCCCCUAAAGAUGCGCACAGCUCCACAGGGUUACGAGUGCCUCAUGAGCUGUGCAGUCAAGGGGGAUCCUACUCCACAUGUGACAUGGUAUCGUAACAACAUUUCCCUGAAUACAAACACCAACUACCUCAUCACCAAUGUUUGUGGAGUGUGCUCAAUGAUGAUACUAAGAGUGGCACCCAAAGACAACGGAGAAUACAAAGUCGUCAUUGAGAAUAAACUGGGGGCAGCUGAGUCCUCAAUGAUGCUGAAUGUCAGAGAGUGA